AGAGGGGCGGGGGUAGCGGUGCCUGUUGAAUGAGAAUUGCGUCCAUAGUUGCAGGUGGAACAGGUUAUUGAGAGGAGGUUUCCGAACAUCUGAGAUGGCAGGAACUGCAAGACAUGAUCGGGAAAUGGCCUUACAGGCUAAAAAGAACCUCUCAACCUGUACAGAUCCCAUUGAGAAGCUGCGUCUCCAGUGUCUCUCAAGGGGAUCAGCAGGCAUAAAGGGCCUGGGCAGAGUAUUUCGCAUUAUGGAUGACGACAAUAGCAGGUCCCUUGAUUUUAAAGAGUUUUUAAAGGGCAUAAAUGAUUAUGGAGUAAUGAUGGACAAAGCGGAAGCCCAACAGCUUUUCUCUGUGUUUGAUAAAGAUGGAAGCGGAACCAUAGAUUUUGAUGAAUUUCUUGUCACGUUACGACCCCCCAUGUCGAAUGCAAGGAAAGAAAUGAUCAUGCAGGCCUUCCGGAAGCUGGACAAAACAGGUGAUGGUGUUGUUACUAUUGAGGAUCUGAGAGGGGUUUACAAUGCAAGGCACCACCCAAAAUACCAGAAUGGAGAGUGGACAGAAGAUCAGGUUUUUAGGAGUUUCCUCGAUAACUUUGACUCUCCGUAUGACAAGGAUGGGCAGGUUACACCGGAGGAAUUCACGAACUACUAUGCAGGCGUCAGUGCUUCCAUUGAUACUGAUGUCUACUUCAUUACCAUGAUGAAAAAUGCCUGGAAGCUCUAAGUGUGACAAAAGACGAAUUUCAGAACUAUUACAGUGGUGUUAGCGCAUCUAUUGACAGUGACGCCUACUUUGUCCUGAUGAUGAGGAAUGCCUGGAAGUUGUGAUAGGUGCUUGGUUUUAAUACACCUUUUAUGGUUACUCUUCUGUUUGUCUGCAUAACGGAUUGAACUGGAAGUAGUGACCUCCAGGAAAAAAAGAAACAACCACCGUUUUAUAGAAGCUGCUGCUGACUGAAAUGGACAGUUAAUACUGCACGUGAACAUUUAUACAUAAUAGCAAGUUAUAAAAUUUAUAUAUACAGUAUGCAAAUGUUUUCCAUAAUUACAGUGCCUUGGAGUAUCAGGACAUAUAGAA